ACAGCUCCAUGGAGUCGGACAUUGAGAAAUUGUGUCACCUCUACCUGCCACCUAGUCUUGGAACUGCUGCCUCCGACUACAGGCGAGCGAAAGCGACGUAUCUGGCUUCUUUCUCCAAUGGAUCCCACGAGAGGGAACUCGCACUGAAUGCUUUCACCGUUCAAGAGGCACAUUUCCUUUCUCCAGGUCGACGUCGAGCCGAAAAACUGUUUGCUACGGUACAAUUUAGUCCAGAAAAUACCACGAUAAACAAUCUACAAUCUCUUAGAGAGCCGAUGGAGGAGUUGACAGGAAUGCUCAGUCCUUGCAAGUGCGUAGCCUCCGACGCCAACGCGCGUUAUCUACUAAAAUUGGGACUGGGAUCGUUCGUACGAAAAGCUGUAAACUACUUUACGUCGCGACUGUCGACUGAGAGUGAGCAUGGCGAUCAAGACGAGACGGCGCAACAGGAAAGAGUGGUCAACGUUGUCGGUCUUAUUCUUUGCUUCAAUGUGGCUACCCUGGUGUGUACGACGCCUGAGAACUCCGCUGAUAUUCUGUGCGAAGACGUUGAAUUUGUGAGAGCAACUGUUCGAUGUGUGAUGGAUCCUGUUGUUUCUACUGCUGCCGUUAUGACGCUCUGGAACUGCCUUGAGAGUUAUGAUCACCAGGUAAUAGUACUCGACGCAGAACCACACAUUUCGGACUUGCUGUGUUUUCUUCUGGUGCCAUCUGACAAUGACCUCGACAAUGAGCGGAACGAAUGCAUUCUUGGAUGUUUAGCGUGUCUGGCAAGGAAUCUUCGAUGCUUCCAGCCAAUGAUGGACGAAGAGAUACCGUCAGCAAUGAUUCUAUGGAUUGCAGAUAGGGCACGACCAAUGCACGGAUACUUCUCUUGUCUCAUCGUGGCUCAUCUCGCUACCAACUGGGCGGCAUUGCAACGAUUCCCGUCGCACACUUCACCGACUCUUGGCAUGGCCGUUUCUAGUCAAGUUGACAUUGAUUUGUCACAACUACCGGAGUCUUUGAAGUUGGGACUGCAAGCGAUCAAUACAUGGGUCACAGACUCAGUCACUGUUGAGCAACUUCGCAUGGAGACGAAGGAUUACUAUUCUUGGCACUCUUUGAAACCGGUGCUUAGUCUAUUGUGGUCGAUAUUUUUGGAGGCUCGACGUCUGGCCAGUCUCAGUCUGGCUUUCAUACUUCAAGGCAGUGAGAACAGAGACAUACUUUAUGGAGACGUCAGUCGGGACUGCGGAGUUCUACAUUGUGCCAAAUGGUCACGUGAUGAGGAGGUAAAGCGAUGCUGUUCACUGGCUAUUGAGCACGCAAUGGUCGAUGGCAUUGUACCUUCUACACUUUUUUUGAUGUGCAAGUUCCGUAUUUCGGAAGGUUGGAGCUGUCAACAACUCAGUUCUAUUGUUUCAACUUCUGCUGUUCGUCGUUUAUUAAUACCGUUUUGUACAAAGUUGAUAGAAACAUAGACAGUUGGUCUUGUUCAUGUAUUUUUGUAUAUAUUUGAAAGGCGUGCUAUGUCUAAGUACAAUUAAUUAGACAGCGAAA